AGCCCUACUGCAAAAACUUCUGACGUCCCCUCAGCCCGCCCAGGGGCUAGUUCCUGGAUCUCAGACCAGUUCUUGGCGUGGAGUCCACAGGUAUAAGGUCCCAGAUACACCGUGAUCCGUUCAGCCUCCCAGCGCUCCUGACGCCUCGGUUCUCCAAACCCGCACUGGGACUCAAUCACGCGUACCAGCCACCACUUCCAAGAGUCUCUGCUCAAAGUCCAGCAUGGCAGCGACGCUGAUCCUGGAGCCCGCCAGCCACUGCUGCUGGGACGAGCCGGUGCACAUCACCGUGCGUGGCCUAGCCCCCAAGCAGCUGGUCACGCUGCGCGCUUCCCUGCGCGACGAGAAGGGCGCGCUCUUCCGCGCCCACGCGCGCUACCGCGCGGACGCCAGGGGCGAGCUGGACCUGGCGCGCACGCCCGCGCUGGGUGGCAGCUUCGCGGGCCUGGAGCCCAUGGGGCUGAUCUGGGCCAUGGAGCCUGAUAAGCCGUUUUGGCGCCUGGUGAAGCGGGACGUGCAGACGCCUUUCGUGGUGGAGCUGGAGGUGCUGGACGGCCACGAGCCCGACGCUGGGCGGCUGCUGGCUCGGGCGCUGCACGAGCGCCACUUCCUGCCGCCCGGGGUCCAGCGGGUGCCGGUCCGGGAGGGCAGGGUGCGGGCCACGCUCUUCCUGCCGCCAGGACCUGGACUCUUCCCUGGGAUCAUUGAUAUCUAUGGAGUUGGAGGGGGCCUGUUGGAAUAUCGGGCCAGCCUUCUGGCUGGCCAUGGCUUUGCCACAUUGGCUGUAGCUUUUUAUGACUUUGAUGAUCUCCCCAAGGAUUUCAGCAACAUACACCUGGACUACUUUGAAGAAGUUGUGUGGUACAUGCUUCAACACCCCCAGGUAAAGGGCCCAGGUGUUGGGCUUCUGGGCUUUUCUCUAGGAGCUGACAUUUGUCUCUCAAUGGCCUCAUUGUUGAAGAAUAUCUCAGCCACUGUAUCCAUCAAUGGAUCUGGGAGCAGCGGAAACUCAACCAUACACUACAAGCAGAUUAGCAUCCCACCACUGGGCCUUGACCUGAAGCGAAUCAAGGUUACUUUCUCAGGCAUUCUGGACAUUGUGGAUAUUCGGAAUGAUAUUGUGGAGAAGUUUGAGAACCCCAGUAUCAUUCCAAUAGAGAAGGCACAAGGGCCCAUCCUCUUCAUUGCUGGUCAGGAUGACCAUAACUGGAGGAGUGACUUAAAUGUGCAAACAGCCUCUGAAAGACUACAGGCCCAUGGAAAGGAAAAACCCAGGAUCAUCCUUUACCCUGGGACUGGGCACUACAUUGAGCCUCCUUACUUCUCCGUGUGCCCAGCUUCUGUGCACAAAUUGUUCAACAAAGUUGUGAUCUGGGGUGGGGAGCUCAGGGCUCAUUCUAAGGCCCAGGUGGAUGCCUGGAAGCAAAUUCUGUCCUUCUUCUCCCAACACCUUGGAGGCACCCACAAGGGUGUGUCCCCCAAGUUGUAAAUGCAAAUCCAAAUUGUUAUGGACAGGGGAAGAGUUUAGAUCAUAUUUUAGUGUCUAGUGACUAUGUAAGUUCCCCUGGGUAGCAUUAAAUGCCUAUUUGGCAUUUAUGGCAUAUUUCAUGUCAUUUUAUUGAAUUUGCUUUAUUUGUCAACAUAGUACUUUGCUAUUGUGACACAUGCAUGUGGUAGAAGAUUCAGACAUAAGCUGCACAAAUGCCCCCUUUGUUAAAAUUUGGGGGGUUUUCUAGGUUUUUUUUUUCAUUUUUUAAUUCUAUCAAUUCUUUAAUUCUUUUGGUAAAUGCUUUGUAUUAGAUAACUUUUAAAGAUGGGAGAAUUUUUUCAUCACUGUGAGAGAAUGGUCAUCAAUAUUCCAAUCAUUGGAAGCAGAGUAGAAUCUUUAUUAACCAAUAGCAUACAGAAGGGUGUUGAUAUAAGGAAAUUCACGUGGGGGGGGCAGGUCCUUUGAGGGGAGGAAUUGGGAAUAUCUUUCUGUAGAGUAAUUAAGUAUAAACUCUGCACCAUGGUGAUUAGACUCUGAUCUCUCUUCCAUCUCAUUUACAGAUUCUAGGGUUGAUGUGGGAAAAUUAUGGUGGGAUAACUUAGAUAAAUCAUUUCCUCACUUCCUUUUACUUCAGCAUUGCAGAAUAUUGUGCAAGUAUAUUUGAAAAGACAAUGGCUGGUGAGGAUAGAACCUAGCACAUAAUCUGUUCCAAGAAGUCAGAAUUAAUUAUUCAGAAGCAAACAGAUAAUCUUAGAGGACUUUUAACACAAAAACUGAAAGUCACAGGUAACACUCUUUAUUUUCUUAUGUGUUUUCAACUCUUCUAUUAAAUUACUUACUAGAGAGGAAGCAAGUCAAGCUGUUUGCCUAUUUGUUAACAUUUUGUUUCUUGUUCACUAGAAACUAUAAAAUAAAGAGGGAAAUAAAAAUCUAAAGACCUGAAAAAUCAAGAAACAAGUAUGUCUGUCUGUGAACAAUGGACUCAAUUUUCUAUAGAAAAAUGUAGAGGAAUUUUUUUUCUUUUGGGUACUGGGAAUUGAACUGAGGGGUGCUCUACCCCUGAGCAAUAUCCUCAGUGCUUUUUAUUUUUUAUUUUGAGAAAGGGUCUCACUACAUUGUUGAGGAGCUCUUGCUAAAGGUUGCCGAGGCUGGCCUUGAAUAGCCCAUCCUCCUGCCUCAGCCUACCAAGUCACUGGGAUUUAUAUUUUUUAAAAGGCAAUUUUCGGGCUGGGGUUGUGGCUCAGUGGUAGAGUGCUCACCUAGCAUGCCCGAGGCACUUGGUUCAAUUCUCAGCACCACAUAAAUGUAAAAUAAAGAGAUUGUGUCCACCUAAAACUUAAGAAUAAACAUUUUUAAAAAGGCAAUUUUCCAAAAUUGAUGUCCAAGAUAUCAUGCUUCAUAUUCAAGAAGCUCUGUAAUCCUGUUCACAAUAAAUUAUCUUUAAUGUAUCAUAGUAAAACCAUUUAUGAUAGUUUUAUGACAUAGCUAUAAAUUAUUUGCCAUUCUCCCACCAAGAGUGGGACCUAGGUCCCCUCCCUUCAAAUCUACAUGGGCUUGUCACUGGACAAUCAGUCAAGAGAAAGUGGUGCUGGGUAGCUUCAGAGAUCACCUGGUUUUCUGGGAACACGCCCUCACAGUUCUGAGCCGCCUCUCCUAAAGUUUGACUACAUUCAGGCUUUGGUGGUAUAGGGAGCCCAAGACACAGGAGAGGCCAAUUGCUGGGACCUCUGUGGCACUGACAAGUGAAGUGAGAUUGUGAGUCAUCUCUGCCCAGGUGCCAGAUAAUCUGAGUAAAAUAAAACCCAGAUGAUUCCAGACCCAGACACCUGAACCUUCCCAAUGAAUACCUCAAGCACCCUGGAGCAGAGAAGAGCUGUCCCUGUCAAGCCCUUCCCGAAGUGUGGAAAUGUGAACUAAAUAAAUGUUCUUGUUUUAGAUGA